GGCGAUAGUUACCAGGGCCUUGCAGUAAAAAAAAAAAAGAACGACGAGUGAAUGAAGUCAGCUGACCUCCGCUUGCUGUCACGCACCGCACUAGCGAGCUUCUCUCCUUUGAGGCAAGACACUAAAAAUCCUCUUCACGACCGGACGGAUACUAACCAGUGAAGAUGGACUUGUCCAAGCUGCCCAGAAUCAGGGAUGAGGAGCGAGAGAGCCAGUUUGGAUAUGUUCAUGGCGUCUCUGGACCAGUGGUGACAGCCACGGCCAUGGCAGGAGCAGCCAUGUAUGAGCUUGUCCGUGUUGGUCACUGCGAGCUGGUGGGGGAGAUCAUCAGGCUGGAGGGAGACAUGGCCACCAUCCAGGUCUAUGAGGAGACGUCCGGUGUGUCAGUGGGAGACCCCGUACUGCGGACAGGAAAGCCUCUCUCUGUCGAGUUGGGUCCAGGGAUCAUGGGGUCGAUCUUUGAUGGUAUCCAGCGACCUUUAAAAGACAUCAAUGACAUGACAAAAAGCAUCUAUAUCCCCAGAGGAGUCAACAUAGGUGCCCUCAACCGAGACCUGAAAUGGGAGUUUUCCCCAAGCAAGAGCCUGCGGGUCGGCAGUCAUAUCACAGGAGGAGACAUCUAUGGAAUGGUCUAUGAGAACUCCCUCAUUAAGCACAAAAUAAUGCUCCCCCCGAAGAACAGAGGUACAGUGACCUAUGUGGCUCCACCUGGAAGCUAUGACAUCUCUGAUGUGGUGAUGGAGCUGGAGUUCGAGGGCGUGAAGGAGAAGUUUACCAUGGUGCAGGUGUGGCCUGUCAGACAGGUAAGACCUGUCACAGAGAAGCUGCCUGCAAAUCACCCACUGCUGACCGGACAGAGGGUACUGGACGCCCUUUUCCCAUGUGUGCAAGGAGGAACCACAGCCAUCCCAGGAGCCUUCGGCUGUGGAAAGACCGUCAUCUCGCAGUCACUGUCCAAGUAUUCUAACAGCGAUGUCAUCAUCUACGUAGGCUGCGGGGAGCGUGGUAACGAGAUGUCAGAAGUACUGCGAGACUUCCCAGAGCUAACGAUGGAGGUGGAUGGAAAGACGGAGAGCAUCAUGAAGAGAACAGCACUGGUGGCAAACACCUCCAACAUGCCUGUAGCUGCCAGAGAGGCCUCUAUUUACACAGGGAUCACAUUGUCUGAGUACUUCAGAGACAUGGGAUACAACGUGAGCAUGAUGGCCGACUCCACCUCACGUUGGGCCGAAGCUCUCAGGGAGAUUUCAGGGCGUUUAGCAGAAAUGCCUGCUGACAGUGGAUACCCGGCCUACCUGGGCGCCCGACUCGCCUCCUUCUACGAGCGUGCAGGGAGAGUGAAGUGUCUGGGCAACCCUGAGAGGGAAGGCAGUGUCAGCAUUGUUGGAGCUGUAUCGCCUCCUGGUGGUGACUUCUCCGAUCCUGUUACUUCAGCCACUCUUGGUAUUGUGCAGGUGUUCUGGGGUCUGGAUAAGAAGCUUGCUCAGAGGAAGCACUUCCCGUCUGUCAACUGGCUGAUCAGCUACAGCAAAUACACUCGCGCUCUGGACGAAUACUACGACAAGCACUUCCCAGAGUUUGUGCCGCUGCGUACCAAAGCAAAGGAAAUCCUGCAGGAGGAAGAAGACCUUGCUGAGAUCGUACAGCUUGUUGGAAAGGCCUCAUUGGCAGAAACCGAUAAAAUCACGCUGGAAGUGGCCAAACUGCUUAAAGAUGACUUCCUGCAGCAGAACGGUUACACUCCAUAUGACAGGUUUUGCCCCUUCUACAAGACGGUGGGCAUUCUGUCCAACACUAUAGCUUUCUAUGACAUGGCCCGGCAUGCGGUGGAGACCACAGCCCAGAGCGACAACAAGAUCACCUGGGCCAUGAUCCGGGAGCACAUGGGAGAGAUCCUCUACAGGAUUAGCUCUAUGAAGUUCAAGGACCCAGUUAAGGACGGUGAGGCCAAGAUUAAGGCAGAAUACGCUCAGCUGCUGGAGGACAUGCAGAACGGCUUCCGCACGUUGGAAGAAUAGGCUCACACCUCUCCUGUUCGAUCCCUCCAACUCUCGACUCCUCCACCUCUGAACACAUUCCACCUCCGUGUUUUCCCAGACAUCAUGUGCUUUCCCCCCCCCGUGAUCCUCUGUGGGUGAACGUGCAAGUGUGUGAGUGUGUGUGAAAUUACUUGUGGAGGUAAAAAGAGAAAGAUGUACUGUAUUCAUUAUUCGUCGCCUCAUAUAGGCAUACUCUGGAUCCUCUGCAUGGUCGCUGACUCUGUGUGCGUGUGUGUACAUUUUUACGUUUACAGCCUCUCUGUGUUGCCGUGUUGCUUCUCCUGAAUAUUGCUCUGUUAUUGUAUUGAAAUUAAGACCAUCUGUACAGAAGAGUAUUGAAUAUAAAUUUAAGAAAAUCA